AUGGUUAACAUGAGAAGAAUAGCACCAUCACACAUCCUAUUCACAUGCAGACGUAUUUCAAGCAACACUUCUCCACCAGUGCAGCCCUUGAAUGUUCUUUUCUUUGGUAGCGAUACCUUCAGUAAUCUAUCAUUGCAAGCACUCAAUGAAUUGCGUAAAAAUGAUGGCACCGGUAGUAUAGUUGACAAGAUUCAGGUUGUAACCAGGUCGCCAAAAUGGUGCGGCAGACAAAAGUCUGUGUUGAAAUACCCGCCGAUCUUCGACAUGGCAGACAAACUACAAUUGCCACGCCCAAUUACAUGCGACACCAAGCAGGAAAUGUUAGCGCUAAGCGAACUGACACCCAGCCGCCCAGGGAAUCCUGAGGCCAGCGGCCUCAGCACUCCGUUCAACGCGAUCAUUGCGGUUUCUUUUGGGAAGUUAAUCCCGGGCGACUUGAUCCGCGCGGUGCCAUUGGCGCUAAACGUCCAUCCUUCACUACUUCCCAGACAUAAAGGUAGUGCACCUAUCCAACGAGCUCUGUUGGACGGUGACUCCUACACCGGCGUAACUAUACAGACGCUACACCCAGAUCGGUUCGAUCAUGGAGCCAUUGUGGCACAGACGCAGCCGCUCCCCAUUGCAACAAUGUUGUCGGCAGGAAGGGUCGAUGACCUGACCGCGGAUUUUAAUUCUGACCGCGUACCUCGAAGAACUGCUAUACUGAUGGACCAGUUGGGCGCCAAAGGCGCCCAACUCUUGAGCCAAACGCUGCGCGAGAGACUAUAUCUGCCACAGAACCGUGUGCAGGCGCCAGCAACUUACAAGCCCAGUUAUGCGCACCGCAUUACAACGGAAGACAAACGCAUUCACUGGGCGCGUGAUUCUGCCGCCGAACUAUUUAACAAACUCGAAACGCUGGGUCCCCUCCACGCGUUCAAGGAGGCGGCGGCGGCAAAAAAGAAUGCUCAAAAUUCUGUUUUAAAACGAAUACUGUUCCACGAAUGCAGAGUGAUGGGAGACACCCUGCUACAUAAUGGCAGCAAACCGGGCAUGUUCGAAUAUGAUGAAAAGAGUGAUUGUCUCUUGGUCGCCUGUCGCGGCGACUUACUGCUAUGUGUGAACCGCCUCCAAUUCGAAGGUUUCGCCGUGGAACGUGCUGGCCAGUUUAUGCGGCGCCUGCGGAAAAGAUGCGGCGCCCUGAGCGAAAAGUUGAUUUUCUUGUAA